AUGUCGUCCAGAUUCCCCCCAUCGUCUGGGUAUAAUUCCCGCGACCGUUCACCCCAUCGCUUCGGGGACCGUCGACCACCUGCCGGUCCCCGUGGCCCUGACGACGGCAGCGCUCCAUUCGGCAGGGAACCUCCCAGUGGCCCCCGCGCCCUUCGCGCCUUGGGUGACACCCCUAGAGGUAAUCACUUUGGACGAGGUCGUGGAUAUGGCCGAGGCGAAUUUAGAGACAGAGACCGAGACCCACGAGACCGCGACCGCGACCGCGAAUUUCGAGACUCCCGCGAUGCGCCACCAUUCCGUCGCGAUCUAGACCGUGAAUGGGUUCGCCGCGAUCGCGACUUUGACCCUCGAGACAACCGUAUCGGCUUUGGACGAGGCCGCUCAAGAUCCCCAACACGCGACUUUCGUGACGUGAGAGAGCCCCCCGGCCGCGACUUUGAUGUGGUUCGCAUUCGCCGCAAUUCUCGAGACAGUAUCCUAUCUGCAUCAUCUGGUGGUCCCGAUGGCCCACCCUCAAAUGGCGGUCAUCCUCGAGGUGGCUCCAUGCGUGGCCGAGGAAGAGGAGAUUGGGAUGGUGGUCGUGGACGAGGUCGCCCAUCUUUCUUCGAUGACCGUGAGCAAUUCCGCCGCCGUAGUCGAUCCCGUGAUACCUGGAGAGACCGUGGCCGAGACCGUAUGAUGGAUCGGGACCGGGAUCGCGAUAGAGAUAUGGACCGGGAUCGCCCUCCUCUAGAUCGCCCUCUUCCUGACCGACCUCCGAUGGACCGACCUCCUAUGGACCGACCUCCUAUGGAUCGACCUCCUAUGGAUCGACCUCCUAUGGAUCGACCUCCUAUGGACCGACCUCUUACUGACCGACCCCCUCUUGAUCGCCCGAUUAUGGACCAUCCCCUCUUGGACCGUGCCCUUCCCGACCGUCCUACUCCAGAUCGGAACCGCGGAUUGGACCGAGACCGUGAGCGCGAUCUCAUUCGAGACCGUGACCAUGAUCGCAAUCUAGAUCGACGUGAAAGGUUUGACCGACGUGAAGAAUGGGAUGCUCGUCGAUCGGAACGUGAGGAUCGUGACCGUCCUCUCGAGCCAUGGAAAAGGGAACACCCUCCAAACCGAGCAGACAACCGUGCCGGCUCGAUUGCUCAUGUGGGACCUUCACCAAUGGCCCCGUCCAUUUCGGAGAGGAUGUCUGAUUUAAUUACCCAAGAUCAGGGUCGCAAAGCAUCGAUAAUCUCCAGUGUUGGCGGUCAUGAGGCUAGACGCGAUAGUGCCCGAUCUGACCUCUUCCCUGUGCGCACCGAACAGCCCAAGGAUUUACAACCUGUCAACCAGCAAUCACCUCCCCCAUCAGCACCGCAGGUUCCUGCUUUUGGUUCUGUGGCUACACCGACAUCAUCAGUAUCCACUUCUAAAGGAGCAUCCGAAGGGCGUGCGGCAAAUGACCUGUCGGUCCAGGCGGAAAAGACCCAGAAUGAACCCCUAUCUAAAUCAGUGCCGCGAGCUCCAACUGGUCCAAAAGCUGAACGGACUUACUCAAUGGCACAAGCUGCAGAUAAUUCGAACCACAAUUCUGACAGCCGGCCUCCCCAGGAGAUCCAGAGAGCUUCCAUGCAGCUAUCAGAUCGGUCUCCACCCACGGCCCCAGCCGCGAUGGCCAAGCGGGAUUCAAUCAGUGGUCCAACAGAAUUCCAAGGGCCUUCAAAACCUCACUCCAUCUCUACAUCCCCUAUCAUUUCUCGCCUACCCCCACCGCCGCGCUCUCUUUCACGGGAUCCAUCAAUCUCUCCUCAAAUGCAGACAUCCAAUAUCCCGACAGGCCCACGCGCAUAUCAACCCCGACAAGGCUCCUCGCCACGAGGAGGACACAAGGGAAAUAAGCCUUGGGGCCGUUCUGGGUACAAUCGUGCACCGUCUGUUUCAACUGUUACACCGAAGAAGGAAGCAGAGGAGCAAGAGCCCAUGCGUCCUCCCAGCGAAAGAUCUCAGGAUGAGAGCCUGCAGGCAUCUUCGGGCCCGAUGGAGGAUGUGCAGAAAGAAACGACUGUCACCGUUCCAUCAACGCAUAUCCCUUCACCAAGCUCUCCGUCUAUGAAUCUUGCCAUUCGCAGCAGCCCACCGCCUGCCCCAAUGGUUAGGUCCACACACCAGGAGGAUAACCAGACGCGGAAUGUAGAGCAAGUUCAAAAGCAAUCGCGCGAUAGGGAGGAGCAGAAAUCCCGGGAGCUGAAACUGCAAACAGCGAAAAAGCCUGAGCAAAAGCCUGAGCAACAGUGCGAGAAAAAGGUUGAAAAUAAGCCUGAGCAAACUGUUGAGCAUGUUGACGAGCAAAAGGCGGAGAAAAUUCCCGAACAAAAGCCCGAAAUAAUUGCUGAGCAAGCCGUUGAGCAAAAGAGAGAACAGAAGCCAGAGGAGCAGCCAGAGGAGCAGCCAGAGGAGCAGCCAGAGGAGCAGCCAGUGGAGCAGCCAGAGGAGCAGCCAGUGGAGCAGCCAGUGGAGCAGCCGGAAAAUCAACUGGAUCAGCGGAUAGCAGAGCUUCCCGAUCUACAGGCAAAGCAAAAGACAGAUGUGGACCCGAAACACAACCAGAGUCUAGAGCAACAAGAGGCGAAAGCAGCCCAAGAGACCCAGUUACAGUUGGCAUCCGAUAAAAUCACCGAGAAUGCUCUUAUGCCCGUGUUUGGACAGUCCAGUGACGAAGAUGACGAGGAUAGCGGGACUUUUAGCGAAGAAUAUCUGGAAAAGCGAAAAAGAAGCUUCGAAAGGGACAUGGAACUUCUUCGGGCCGAGCUGCCUCCCUCUCCUCUAGAAGAUCCCCAUAUCCUCUCUCUUCUCAUGAGAAUCCAACUCUUGGGUAAAAUCGCCCAAGGAGAGACGGCAGACUUAGCUGUCCCUGAACCCCUUGCAUCUGUUGAGGAAGACGCAGGCCCUACUAUUUCCAACGACGAGCGAGCUGUGGCAUUCAUUGCUCCAGUCGAAAUAAUUGAGCCUGUCCCUCAGGCUGUGACCCCACCCGCUGUGGUACAUUCUGAAUUUGGCGUUGCCAGCCUGCCUUUCUUGAACACUGGUCCUCCAACUCCACUGUCUGACAUAGAAGCAUCUCAGGACGAUGAUUCUAGCAAAUCACAGCUCAAGGAAGCGUUUCUUAAUGAGCUGUGUAGGAAACAAAGAGAAGUUGCGCUGAAGAAUGCCGUCCUCAGAGAAGAAUACAUGGCUUAUUACAAGCCUUGGCGGUUGUCCGUCUGGGAGCUAGAUCGCUCUAGGAACAAGAAACCUAUGACCCCUGGCCCUGUCUCUCCGCCACCACCUACAGUCCCUGUUACUCCAACCGUGGUCCCGGAUUCCCGUGAAAGACGAUACAAGGGUAAUAGUGAGCUGGAUUUCCUCAAUGCUUUGAAAGCCUCCGAAAUUUCUGCCCAGGAGGAAUUAGAACGACGGAAAACACAAAUGGUUACUGCUCGCCCUGACUUGUCCCGCGAAGCCAUAAUUCCAGAUAUGCUGGAGUCAGGAGAGGCAAAAGCCCGGAUUUACAAGGAUGUCAAUAAUGCUGUGAAGACCGAUGAUGCUUUGGAUGUAUUUGGCUUCCUACCACCCGCCAACGACUUCACUCAGAAAGAGCACGAAAUAUUCACAGAUGCUUUCAUGACCUAUCCCAAGAAAUGGGAUAAGAUUGCCGAGGCAUUGCCCGGUCGAGAUUUCCAGCAGUGCAUUGUCCACUACUACCUCACCAAAGAAGAAAUUAAGUAUAAGGCAAAACUAAACAAACGAUGGAGUAAGAAAGGAAAGGGGAAGGCUAGGGUUAAGGGUCCUAAGUCUAACCUUCUGAUUGCUGAUUUAGGGGUAGUCAAGCCUGACUUCGAUGGCGAGGAGGAUGUUCCAGCUGUCACCGAUACUGGACGUCCCCGGCGUGCUGCUGCUCCGACUUUUGGCGAUUCAAAUGAUGGACAAACUGGGAAAGAAACGGAACCAAUUGAGAAGCCUGCACCUCGACGUGGUGCCCGUGUGGGCGGUACCCGUGCUCCAAAGCGCAGCAAAACAACCGAAAAGGAUCAGCGAACUCAAGGGCCACCGCCGGCACCUGCACCGGUCGCACCACCGCCUCCUCCGCCGCCGCCUCCGCCACCUCAAAGCAACCCACCUCUUGCUGCUUUCCCGAAAAUGGAAUUUGGUGGGGAUGGUGCGAUGGAAGGUGGAUUGCCUCUGGAUCGUGAAAUGAGUGAGCGGGAGGCUAUCAUACCUGCUUCCCGACCCAGGGUUGGACGAGGACGGGCAAAGGAGGGUGUCUAUGUUUUUGAAUCUACGGAAACUGAUCCCACCAUGACCCCCAAGCCAAUGGAGGGUGGAUAUGGGUCCCUGCAACCAACAAGCUAUUGGUCUGUUCCUGAGCAACGUGAUUUCCCUCGAUUGCUUGCACACUUUGGUCGUGAUUUCGAAGGAAUUUCGCAUUUCAUGAAGACCAAGACUACGGUGAUGGUUAAAAACUACUAUCAGCGCCGCCUCGAUUCAGGACAGAAAGACUUCGAAGACCUGCUCUUGACUGCGGAGGACAAGAAAACUCGAGGGGAGCCAACUGGCCCUCUUCCCAUACCCAGUGUUGCCCCCAAACGACGUUAUGAGGCAACCCCUUCGACCAUUAUUCCUCGUCCCCUUGCCCCUCACGGCGACUUGAUGGCGGAGGCAGAUGAGUUACGGUUUUCUUCCAAGGGCAAACCUCUUGCAAUGUCUCCUCAGCCGAUGCCACUCCAUGGACGCCCUAUGUCCGAGAAUGAGCGAGGUGCCAAUCGUUAUCCGACUCUAGCACAGGCAUCCAAUGUGGCUCCAGGGCCUCCGGGUGCUACAAGUGUUAGUGAGGAUGCUCGUACUAUGCGAGGCCAUCCAAAUAGGAUGUCUGGCCCCCGGUUAGGGUAUUUCACCGAUGAUCGCCGUGAUUCAUCGAUGCUACCGCACUCAGUCCCACACGGCCAGGAAAUGCAAAUGUCAUCACGGAAUACUCCCGCUGGAUCUACCAUUCCCGCUGAUUUGGCACGCAUGGAUGCUUUGUCCGGCCAGGUCUACAUGACUAGUCAGGCCCAGCCCUCCAUUCUUGGCCCGACUCACUCACGUCAUCCUAGCCUGACACAGGCUCCUGGCUCACCAACACAGUUGCACAGACCAGAGCUUGAUAUUUCUUCUGUGCACCGUGAUCCAUUCGGACAAAGGCAGUACUACUCGCUUUCAAGUCAGCAAGGGGGACUCCAAUCACCACGUCCUGUUCUAUCUCCUGUUAAAGAUGUGCCACGACUGAGCGGUACUCCAGCUCCCGAUUCCAAGGUGCCUGCGAAGCGCUCUAAUAUCAUGAGCAUUUUAAACGACGAGCCAGAGGAGCCUCAGCCUAGGAAACGAUUUGCGAGUGAAGCUCCAUCUGCACCAGUCUCCGCAGGGACAUCGGGGCAACGUUCUGCUUUCCAGAACAUGGGUCCAACUCGAGUAGAUGAAAAUUCCAUGUCUGGUGCUAAGCCCUCUGGUUACGGACAACCCAACCAGUAUCAAACGUCAUCGCGUGGUUACCCGGAAUACCCCAGCUAUGGACCUCCUCCUGGCAGUGCAGGAACGUCAGGCACAACUAGCGACUGGAUGGCACGCUUUGAUCCUCGCUCUCAACAAGCCGGGUCACAACCCCAGCCUCCUCCGCCUUCGCAGCAAGGUAGUAACCGUCAAACUGCAUCGCUGGCCUCCCAAAAUCAUUAUUCGCACUAUGCAUCUGCUCAGUCCCAGUCGGCCGGUCAAAUGAACAAUCUUACAGUUCCGUCUCCCGCGCCAACACCGCCACCGGGUUCUCAGCGUCCCGCUUACCCAAAUGUCUUUUCUCAACAAUCCUCUAGUCAGGUACACGGGUCAUCUAAUUCCCGUGAUAUGACAUCCCAACCUCAAGCAUAUCGACCUGUAUCCCCAUCUUCGCGGGCGAGCAGUGUUGCCUUUGGCUCCCGGCAGGAUCCACCGACACCGGCUCAGCCAUCAGCAAGCUUGUAUGGUAUGGUGGCGCCCCGCCAGUCUGGUGGUCAAACUGCGUAUUCCCCUGUUACCCCAUCUACCCCGGUAUCCGCGCAACCACUCGGUCAAAGCUACCAGCAGCAUGUCCAGACCUUUGUGAAUGGAUCACACCGGUCGACCCCUGUGAGCUUGGCCGGUGGCCCUCCUGCGUAUGGACACAGCACUCCUCCUCCUCAGGGUCAAAAUGGUCGAUCUAUGGCAGCACUCUCUGGUCUUGGACGAUCGUACACUCCGCCGGCAGGAAUGCACCCUUCAAUGGGCGGCAAUGGCAUGGGCUAUGCGCAACCGUCAUCAGCAUCAGCAUCUAUGCAAAAUCUUCAUCAACGGCCCCCGGGACCGGGUUCGCUGGGCGAGCCUACUUCUACACCAAACCAUCACCGCGUCUACAGUCAGGGCUCGGUACAGGGUGGAAUGCCACAACUUCACCCAUCAUCGCAGCCUCCUCGUUAA